AUGGUUUCCAUAACAGAAGAAACCAAGUGCUUGCUGAGGUCAGUUCUCGCUCCCGAGAAGCAUGGCCUCAUGCUGUGGGAAAUGGAACGUGUCUAUCGAGCACUCACAGGAGAAAAUGGCAUACCCUAUCGCAGUUAUGGCUUCAGAACUCUCCAAGAAUUUUUGGCUGCUAUUCCUGAUGUUUGUCUGCUAAAAACUGACAUCGGUGGCCUUCGUGUGUUGGCAGUGAGUGAUGAGAAAACAGAGCAUAUCUUGCGAAUGGUGUCAGCUCAGAAGUCUUCAAGGGGUGCAAAGCCUAAGUUUGGGCUGUCUCGAAGUUACUCAAGUUACUCGAGAUCAUUGUCUUUCCCCUCACCUGUGAAGGCAUUCUCAACUAGUCCAAGUAGAUGGCAUCAAAUGCCUAAUCACUGGACUCCUCUGAGGCCUCCCAACUUCCCCCCUCGACUGCAAAAGAUAAAUGACUCUGGAAGUACAAAUUUGGAGAAUGGCUUUCAUGAGAGUACCAUUGAGACAGUUACUGUGGACAGACCCGAACCUUUGACCAAUGGGCUUCCAGAUGCACAGGAGAAUCCAAGUAACAAGACAGGUGCUGACUUUGAAAAGUUAUGUCAAUUGAUACUAGAUGUGCUUCCUCCUGAAGGGCUUCCUCUCAAGAACAUUUCCCAAGCUUUUGCUCUCAAACAUGGUUUUUACAUCAGUCCCUCCCAGUACGGAUACAAUUCCAUGGUGUCACUUAUGAGUGAUGUUCCUGAUGUGACCAUCACCCCAUCUGAAGAAGGGUUGUAUAUAUGCUCAAAAUUCCAUUCUCAAGGAUUGCCUUCAAACCCUCAUGGAUCUACAGCCCAUGCUGAUUUGUCCGACAGUCAUCCAGAGACAGGUGUGUGUGAAGAGGAAGAUGAAAUAGAUGCAGCUUUCAAGAUCCAUCUAACUCUGGGCAAUACAAGUUCUGACUUCUCUAUUGAUGCGGCUGAAGAAAGAACUUCGCCUCAUGGAGCUUCCAGUAAUUAUUUACCAUUGGAUGGAGUCCAAGUGUCAUCUCAUGAUCAUGGGAACAUAGUCAAUGUCUCUGACACAGAAGCACUCCCACCUGGAGAUACUGCAGUCAUGGGAGAUGUUCUCUACGUUCAGUCUUUCAUGACCGAAUUCAAGUGUGGAGAUGUUAUAGAUAUUGUAAUCAUUGAUGUCUUAUCUCCUGGUUUUUUCCACUUCAGACUUGGAAGAGAUGAACAGCUCCUGAAACAAAUUGAAGAUGACCUCAGGCAAGGAGUUGUACUUCACAACUGUCUCCAGAAUCCAGAUUCAUGGCAAGCUAAGAAGUGCCAAGUAGAGCUACUGAUAUCCUGUGCAAGAAAUGGGAAAACUUUCUGCAUACAGGAAGAACUUGUGAAGGAAGACCUUGUGAAUGACUAUUUGGAUUCCGUACUUCUGCCUGAAUUGAUGGGUGAAAGUCCAGAGUCAUUCCUGAGUGACAUUGACAAGGAACUAGAGCAGAAUGAUCAGCUGUCUCCAGAUCAGUGACCAGAUGUAAAAUGUUAUCCUAGAAGUGUGGAACUUUCUGGACCUGGGUGUGACGAAGUUGGCACUGACUGUUACCUCUUCGAAGAUCAGAAUUCUCGCUGGGCAGUAGAGCUGUCUCGCCGACGAACGGCGUCCCUCCGAGUGCGCGACCUCCGAUCCUCUCCGGAGGAGGAACUCCGGUCACGUCGUUCUCGACACUACCUCCCCGGAGAGGGAACUCCGUCCGCGGUCGCGUUCGACACCGUAGAGAACGAACUUUUGGGAACGGUCGUCGUUCUCCGCACCUCCUCUCGAAGAGCUGCGCACGAGAAAGCGAGGGCGCACGAGCUGGGGCACCGGCCCUGUGGCAAACGGACGACUCAAUCGCUGCAGCAGCCGGGGGCGACGGGCGCGACGACGGCCCGGCGCCUCUCGGGGCUGGAGUCGCUGCUGCUGGUCGAGACGUCGUAG